GAUAGCAGAUGUUCCUUCUUGAAUGGCAUAAAUACACCGCUGCUUCCACACUAAAACCAUCUCAUCUUCGGACUGCAAAUAGACAAGCAACCGAAAUCAUGCGUGCCUUCCUAGUUCUCCUCCUCGUUGCUGCGGCCAACGCCGCUAGCCUUCUGAAGGCAUCGGAACCUAUUUUCGGCCAAUACAUCGUGAAGAUCAAGUCGGACUUCGACGUCCAGUCCGUUCUGCCCACCGUUCGCCUCGCUGGUGGUCGUGUUGGACACGUUUACAAUGCCGUCUUCAACGGAUUCGCCGCCAAGCUAUCCGAAAAGGUCCUCGAUGCUGUCCUCAAUCUGCCCGCUGUCGAGUACGUAGAAGAGGACGGCGUUGUACGCACUCAAGCUGUUGGAUCAUGGGGUCUUGAUCGUAUUGAUCAGGCCAAUCUCCCACUAGACGACUCCUACGACUCUACCAAACGAGGUACCAACGGAGCAGGUUACAAUGUUUACGUGAUCGACACUGGUAUCAACCCAACGCACAACGACUUCGGCGGACGUGCGGUCACUGCCUGGUCCGCCAUGGCUAGAAGCGAAGAUUGCAAUGGACACGGAACUCACUGCUCAGGUACUGUAGCAGGAACCGAAUACGGAGUGGCGAAGGGAGUCAAUGUCUAUGGCGUCAAGGUUCUAAAUUGCUUCGGUAGUGGGUCAUGGAGUGACGUCAUUGCUGGUGUCGAUUGGGUUAGCGCAAGUGGUGCUAGGCCAGCAGUUGCAUCGAUGUCUCUUGGUGGUGGCUAUACCGAUUCCUUAAACGAAGCUGUUAAGAACUUAGUCAACAGUGGUGUCCAAACUGCCGUCGCAGCUGGCAACGACAACAGUAAUGCUUGCAACUAUUCUCCAGCAAGCGAGCCUGAAGCUGUGACGGUUGGGUCAACCACGAGCACAGACGCUCGUUCUUCUUUCUCCAACUAUGGAAAUUGCGUGGAUGUCUUUGCUCCAGGUAGUUCCAUCACAUCCGCAUGGUACACCUCCAACACAGCCACCAAUACCAUCAGCGGAACGUCCAUGGCUUGCCCUCAUGUUGCAGGUGCCCUUGCUAUCUAUGGCAUACUAAAUGGGAACGAUGGUGAAAGGGCAGCGGCCGCUCUGGUCAAUGAGGCUACCUCGGGUGUCGUAGGAAAUCCAGGCUGGAACUCUCCCAACAAGUUGCUCUAUGUCUAGUCUGCACAGGUCCUAACCACCGUGCUAAGCUCAAGCGGACUUUCUACCAACUAAUCACUAAUUGGAUGAAAUGACCCUGACAGUGAAAUAAAUGCCGUUCUUAUAACUUUAAGACAUUAACAUAAAACCAAUCUUAAUAAAGUGCAAUGAAUUAUGACGCCAUCGUCUGGCAUUAUCAAAUCAAAGUCAUUUAUGUUUUGUCUGUAUCAGAAUUGCUUGACAGUUCUGAUCGUUAACGUAAUACUGACUUUAAUAAAGUUCGCUUGUACCUCAAUCGCAUCAGCA